GCAGUCUUUCCGAUUACUGACAACAUUGCAACAGAAACAAUAUUAAGGAGAGAGGGGGGAAAAAAACACCCCACCAGGCGAACGCAAAGUGCAGGACUCUGGUGUGUCAUCUGCCUGCUUCGGGCAGGCUGUCAAUCACCGGGCGAGCCCGCCCAGGUUUUCCUCUCGCGAGAGGAGGGGCGGACGGGCAGAGCUGUCAAUCACCCGGGCCCCGGCAGCUCGCCCUCUCAAUCUCCCGUUGCAAUUCCCCAACAUGGCUUCGACUGGAAAGUGUACCCGAUUCACCGAUGAAUACCAGAUCCACGAGGAGCUCGGCAAAGGCGCUUUCUCCACCGUCCGCAGAUGUAUCAAACUGUCGACAGGGCAGGAAUAUGCAGCGAAAAUGAUUAACACGAAAAAACUGCCUGCUAGAGAUCACCAGAAGCUGGAGAGGGAAGCCCGAAUCUGCCGGCUGCUGAAGCACUCCAAUAUCGUUCGUCUCCAUGACAGCAUAUCAGAAGAAGGAUACCACUAUCUUGUGUUCGACUUGGUGACUGGGGGUGAAUUGUUUGAAGACAUCGUAGCCAGAGAGUACUACAGUGAAGCAGAUGCAAGUCAUUGCAUUCAACAGAUCCUGGAGGCCGUGCUCCAUUGCCACCAAAUGGGUGUUGUCCAUCGAGACCUCAAGCCUGAAAACUUACUCCUAGCCAGUAAGUGCAAAGGUGCGGCCGUGAAGCUGGCUGACUUCGGACUGGCCAUCGAGGUUCAAGGAGAACAGCAGGCAUGGUUUGGUUUUGCAGGGACACCUGGAUACCUCUCUCCUGAAGUACUUCGAAAAGAAGCCUAUGGGAAGCCAGUGGAUAUCUGGGCAUGUGGAGUCAUUCUCUAUAUCCUGCUCGUCGGCUACCCGCCCUUCUGGGAUGAGGACCAGCACAAGCUGUACCAGCAGAUCAAGGCUGGCGCUUACGAUUUUCCUUCUCCUGAGUGGGACACGGUCACUCCAGAGGCCAAGAACCUCAUCAACCAGAUGCUGACGAUCAAUCCUGCCAAGCGCAUCACCGCCACUGAAGCCCUGAAGCACCCAUGGGUCUGUCAACGAUCCACUGUUGCGUCUAUGAUGCAUCGCCAAGAGACCGUGGAGUGUUUGAAGAAAUUCAACGCCAGGCGAAAACUGAAGGGUGCCAUCCUUACCACCAUGCUAGCAACACGAAACUUCUCAGUGGGCAGGCAGACCACUGCGCCAGCUACAAUGACAGCUGCUGCCAGCGCGACUGUUGGUCUCGUUGAACAAGGUAGACGUGUGCGGGCGGACAUUGCAGCCAAAAGUUUACUAAACAAGAAGGUUGAUGGAGUGAAGAAAAGGAAGUCAAGUUCCAGUGUUCAAUUAAUGCCUCAGACAAACAGCACCAAAAACAACGUAGUAACCAGUCCCAAAGGAAACAUUCCCUGCCCUGCACUGGAGCCACAAACUACUGUCAUCCAUAACCCUGUGGAUGGGAUAAAGGAGUCUUCAGACAGCAGUAACACAACAAUCGAAGACGAAGAUGUUAAAGCCAAGGGCGCUGAGAGCAGUGCUGUAAGGAACCAGUCAGGUGCUGUGCCUCAGGCCGAGGUGCUUCAGUCUGCACUUCCUCCGCCUCCUGUACUCUAUGGCUGGCCAACUUCGGUCUUCCUACAGGUAAGAGCUCGCAAGCAAGAAAUCAUCAAAUUAACUGAACAGCUUAUCGAGGCAAUUAAUAAUGGGGACUUUGAAGCAUAUGCGAAGAUUUGUGACCCAGGACUGACAUCAUUUGAGCCUGAAGCAUUGGGCAAUCUCGUUGAAGGAAUGGACUUCCACAGAUUUUAUUUUGAGAACUUGUUAUCUAAAAACAACAAACCCAUCCACACAACUAUUUUGAAUCCUCACGUCCACUUGAUUGGAGAAGAUGCUGCCUGCAUAGCAUACAUACGACUCACCCAGUACAUAGACAUUCAGGGUAGGCCGCGGACAACCCAGUCAGAGGAGACGCGGGUCUGGCACCGCCGGGACAGCAAAUGGCAGAACGUUCACUUCCACUGCUCGGGUGCCCCAGCAGCACCACUCCAGUGAAGAGCUGAAGAAGUUAACAGAGUUGUGUCCCGAGCAAACAUUCUCGCUGAGCCGCCAUCUGGUGGCCCCUGAAGACCAGCAGUGACAUGCACGUGUCCGCAUGCACAUUAUGCUCCUGGUGGCUGCAUAAUUGUCACGUUCGUGGAACUAUAUGGUGUUUCUUUCAGCCGUCUCAAGAUGCAGACAUUAACAAAAAAAACAAAAAAAAUUUACAAAAGGCUACAGUAUAUGUACUUUAUAUAAUUCAUAUUUGAUGGCAGUGAUUUGUACAAUUCAUUCAAAACAUUUGCCAAAGCAUGAAGGUUAAAAUUUAAUGGUGAUUAUCCUAAUGUUGGAGGGUUAGUGUUCCAUUUUACAUUUUCUUGUACACUAAAGAUGUGUCAUUUGUUCUUUCGAAAGCAUAGAUUUUGAUGUAGUUAUGCUUGUUUCAGUGGAACUCAGGGCAGCUGGAAACAAGGCCCUGUCGCUUCCGCUGACACUUCUUGCGUGGUUUAAGGCAGAAGACGGCCAACUAAAUUAAACAGCCAAUACUUCAUUCAAACAGGCCUCAUGACUAGUUUCUAAAUGGGAAAACAAAGUAGUCUUCUGCCAUCACCAAAUUGUGACAGGAAGUUGCUCCUGUGCAACUUAAAUACAUGAAGAAACACGGCAACAUGAUUUAUCAUUUCUUAUGCCUUUUGUGUGUGUAUUGAAAAAGUUAGCUCAAUUUAUGGAUUUUUCUCUCGUUUUGUGUGAAAUGUGUUUAUUUGAUAUAACAAAGUUUAAAGUAAAUAACUUAAAAAGGUAACAGGUACAUCAGUUAUGUGAAAAUUGAAAAGAUUCAGUAGAAUUCCUCCCAGAUUAUAUUCAUUUAAGAAGUGAAUGAGUUAACUAUAUCAUAAUUAAAGUAGCAAGAUCCAAUACAGUGUUCUUUACUGUUUCCUUAUACUGUGCUACCAACUCUAGAGUUUAUGAGAAACCUGUUGCCAUCUAUUAACUGUAUAUGCAUUUUUACAGAGUUGAUGCAUGUUAUAUAUUUAUAGCCAAUAAUUUUGUGUUUAACUGCCAUAUGGGUUCAGAUGAUGUACCAAGUUUUACUGCUUUAAAUUGCACAUUCUUGGAUGCGUGUAGUAAUACAAUGUGAUGCCUAAGCUCAGUGUGGCUGGACAGCCUCUCGGAAAGGCAUGAUCACUUUGUUGUUUCUUUGUUAAGCUUGUGUAGAAAAUAGUUUACUGAAAUGGACAAAAGAAUUUUUUUGCAUGACAUAAUUAACCCUGUUAGUUUCUAAAAUGAUUGCCUGUAGAGCUAUACGUUUCUCUUUGCCUCUCCUUUCUGAGCUUUGUAACAGCAACUUUUUUGUCUGAUGAUGUGUAAUGGAAACCUGGUUUGCAUGCAUUCUACCAACCGUUUAACGAUUUUGUGCAGGGGCUGUGAAAACGCAUCAAGAGGACUCCUCUUUUCGUGUUUUUAUGGAUGUUUUAAAUUAGACAGCUAGGGGUCUUAAUCGUAAUGAGCUGUGCGUGGAUCAUAUUUUUUUAAUUUUUUUUUACGAGGGCUGUGGAACCCAUGAAUUAAACAAAUGAGUUUUACCUCAUUUUAUGCCUCGUGUGGCUUGAAGUGUGGAAAAGUUGAUUUUGCUGGAGAUAUUUUUACGGUUGAAAAUGAUGGACUAUAUUUGCUUUUUACACAGCAACUUGCCUGAAUAUGAAAUGUGAUUUCUUUUUAAUUAUUCAAGUUCUCUGCAGCUGAACUUCUGUCAGGUCUGGUUUAUAUGAGGACAAAAACAUUAUGUUACAGGAUGUGGUCUAUGUGUUCCUCUCACCAUUUAAAAAUUGUUGAUAUGUUAGAAAUAAAACUUGACUCUAUGA